GUGUGUUGCCCAUCUGAUCAAGCAGGGCGAGUAUCGGCCAGUUAGGCAGGGUCAGAUCACAACACCAGCACUCCACCACAUACAGGCUGCACAAGACGGCAAGAGUGUUCGGAGUAUUGUUGGACGAGGCGUUGAACUCUGUAAUGUCGUGAUGGACUCAUCCUGUUUGCCGGGCAUGAUAUCUAGACGACAUGCUUGUAUCGAGAUGGCUGAUGACAGCCAGUGGUUCAUAACAGACCUGAUGACCUUAAACGGUGUCGUCGUGAACGGCGUGACCAUCGAGCCGGGCAAACGACAUUCUGUGACCAGCGGCGAUAUAAUCGUUUUUGGCCGGCAAAUUCGUUCACGAGAAUUCGAGUAUGAAUUCCGCGUCGGGCCCCUGGACAAUCAGAGAAACGGGAAACCUCAUACUGGUCAACGCUCCGUGGAGAAGCGAGAUGAAUCGCCUGAACGCGAACGCCCAUCAACCACGUCGUCCAGUCAGGCAACAAGUCGCAAGCGCACACGGUCUCCGCAUAGUCGAAGCAUGAGAGCUAAGAAGGCCAAAAGAGCCGCUUCUGCUGCCGACUCUGAUGGUGACACGUAUAGCAGCGAAUUGGAACGGCAACUCGAGUCAAUAAGACAAGAAAACGAACUACUCAAAGAGCGACUCCAAUCAGUGACGAAUACUCCUAGUAAACGCAGUGUUGUUGAGCCCUGCAAGAAUCAGCCAACACCCAUGGAAAAGGCCAGAGGAAGAUUAUUCGCUGAUUUGGAGUGCGUUAUAUGCAGAGAUCUCAUGGUGUCACCAGCAACACUAGAAUGUUCGCAUUCCUUCUGUUACAAAUGUAUUGAGGAAUGGCUAACUGGUGGUAACUUUCGUUGCCCUGUUUGCCGUGUUGGCAUCACAAGAUCUCCGACAAAGACGAUACAGUUGCAGCAGGUUGUUAUGACUACUGUUGAGACACAUGGCACAGAGUCUGACCAGGCCGAAUAUGAUGAUCGUAUGAAGGAGCAUAAGGCUUGGGAGAGGAAGCAGGAGACCGACCGUGCCAAGUUGGAGGACACUAUAGGUUCAGCUUCACAUAAAGGGCAGCAGUUCUUCGACAUUGCACUACCAUGGAAUUCCGAGGACAAGGCGAGGUUUCAGGCAGGUAUUCGUCAUUAUCGUAGUGAUGCUAGAGAGCUGUACUGUGCCAUCACUGGUUUGACCAAAGCAUGGAUACAACGGUCUAGUCGAGACAGUCUCGAUGUGGCUAUGAAGAAUUUGAAGAUCGGUAUCAUUGAGGCAGCAAAUGCAGAGGACUCGUCUCAAGUCUAUUAUGCCCCGGAUGAUGUUAUGAGACGACGACUUUUACUAUUUACCCGCUAUUGUUAGCCUCGUUAUGAGUUUACCACU